UUCAAUGCGGGAGCCGGGGUAAUAUCCAGUGGUCGGAUUGGCUUGUUGGCACCCACCGAGCUGUUUGGAGACGGGGUUAGAAAACUGGUCCUUUUCAUUGCAUUCGAAGUACAAAAAAUCAGACGGUGAAAAGACCUGCAUUCAAAAAGAAGAAACUGAGAAUUGUAGGCAAGUGUCAAAUCUCGUGCGCUCUAGAUUAGGCGCUUAUAGAAUCGGCACAACCUCUAGGUAACCCGAGGAAUUCUUGGAAUCGAGACAUCUGUCUGAUUUGGGUUCUUUAUUUCGCGGGACUGGCAGUCAGUUUGGCAGACGGGCGCGCAUCACGCCGCGUAGUUCAGCCGUAUGAUCAAUUCCCUUUCAAGUAGCUCGCGAAUGUAUCAUACCGGGAUCUGAACGAGCCGUCAGAAGAAGACAGAGCUUUUGCGAGAUUACACCAUGACAGCCACCAAGGAGCAACAGCAGAAACGAUCUAGUCAGCCUCAGGAGGAGGACCUGGGAGGUCUCAGUCCGCCACAGAGGAACUGGAAGGGCAUCGCCAUCGCCUUGCUGGUCAUCCUGGUGGUGUGCUCACUCAUCACCAUGUCCGUCAUCGUCCUAACACCACCGGAUAACGCGGGAGGCAGUAACUCCAAGCUGACAGUGGAGGAUCUUUUCAAACCAGAGUUCACCGUCAACGACCCUGAGGCGAAAUGGAUCAGUGACUCCGAGGUCCUGUACAAGAACCAAGAUGGCAAUGUGAUCAAGUACAACUUUGUCUCCAACAGGACGGAUGUUCUCCUGAAAAACAACACUUUUGCUGCAUUCAAAGUGGCAAAAUACUCCGUCUCUCCAGACAUGGGAUAUGUCCUCUUUGCAUACGAUGUGAAACCGGUUUACAGACACUCCUACACUGCCAGCUACAUCAUUUACAACAUCCACACAAGGGAGGUGUGGGAGUUGAACCCCCCUGAGGUCCAUGACUCAGUGCUUCAGUUUGCUGACUGGGGGGUGAAGGGACAGCAGCUGAUCUACAUUUUUGAGAAUAACAUCUAUUACCGUUCCGAAGUGAGGAGCAAUUCCCUGCGGCUCACCUCUUCUGGGAAAGAGGGGGUCGUUUUCAACGGAAUUGCCGACUGGCUGUAUGAGGAGGAGGUGCUCAAGACACACAAGGCCCACUGGUGGUCCCCAGACGGAGAGAUGCUGGCGUUUCUGGUCAUCAACGACACUCUGGUGCCCAACAUGGCCCUGCCUCAGUUCACUGGAGCGGCCUACCCCAAAGGAAAGCAGUACCCCUACCCAAAGGCUGGCAAGCCCAACCCAUCUGUCAGGCUUUUCGUGGUGAAUCUGUACGGCCCCACACACACUCAAGAACUGGUGCCUCCAAACACUCAAGACACUCCCAAACUGGUGAGCUCCACUAACCUCAGGGACUACUACGUGGUGAUGGUCAAGUGGAUCAGCAACACGCACACGGCAGUGCGAUGGCUCAACCGAGCCCAGAACGUCUCCAUUCUCACCGUCUGCGACGCCACCAUCGGGGCCUGCGUGAAUAAACAUGAAGAAACAUCUGAGCUUUGGCUGUCUAAACAGGAGCAGGAGCCGGUGUUCACCAGAGAUGGUGGCAAGUUCUUCCUCACUGUCCCUGUCAAGCAAGGCGGGCAAGGAGAGUUUCAUCACAUUGCCAUGGUUACCAAACCACUGAGGAGUGAACCGAGCCAGGUCCAGCUCACGUCCGGAGACUGGGAGGUCACCAAAAUCCUGGCCUAUGACGAGAGUGACCAGAUCCUGUAUUUCCUCAGCACAGAGGGAUCGCCCCAGAGGAGACAUCUACACAGUGUCUCUACUCUGGGCCUGUCUCCACCCCGCUGCUUGACAUGUGGGCUGAGUGAAGAAAGGGGCACGUUCUAUGAUGCUGUUAUCAGUCCUGAUACUCAGAAUGCCAUUCUGACAUGCCAAGGUCCUGGAGCACCAUCUGUGAUUCUACUGAGUUUAACAUAUCCUAACAGUUAUGCUAUCCUAGAAGACAACACUCAACUACAGGAAUCUCUCCAAGCAAAGAAAAUCCAGCUCACAGAGUUUAAAGUCAGAGGGUCAAGUGAGAAGUUUGAACUCCCUUUGAAAAUCUCCUAUCCUGUCGACUUCUCUGAGUCCAAUCUUUAUGGCCUUCUCUUGGUGGUGGAUGCGACCCCUGGUGGCCAGACAGUGAACGACGAGUUCUCGCUGGACUGGACUUCGGUGCUGGUCAGCUCCCACGACGUGAUCGUGGUGCGGGUGGACGGCCGGGGCUCAGGGUACCGCGGUCAGAAGACCCUGCAGGAGAUCCACCACCAGCUGGGCCACCUGGAGGUCCAGGACCAGAUCACCGCUCUUCAGUACAUGUUGAAACUUCCCUACAUUGAUAAAACACGGAUAGGGGUUUAUGGAAAGGGAUACGGUGGCUAUACCACAAUGAUGCUUCUGAAAUCUACAGAUAAACCAAUUAUGUGUGCAGUGGCUCAGUCCCCCAUAGUGGACUGGAAAAAUUAUGCCUCCUUCUUCUCUGAGCGCUACCUUGGCAUGCCAUCAAACAAUGACAACAGAUAUCAGCUGUCCAGUGUGCUUCCCAUUUUCAAAGGACUGCAGGACCAGAAACUCAUGAUUAUUCAUGGGACGGCUGAUGCUAAAGUGCACUUUCAACAUUCAGCCGAGCUCAUUAAGCACUUAAUACAGAUCGGAGCCAACUACUCCAUGCAGAUCUACCCAGAUGAGGGCCACGAUCUGUCACUGAAGAGCCAGCGCCACCUGAGCGAGUCCCUGACCGGCUUCUUCCAGGCCUGCCUGCACCCUUGUGUGCCUCCUCUGCCAGAGGAGGAGGAUGAGGAUGAGUGAUGAAGAGCGGAGACAGACAGACAGAGAGCCGACACACCACUGGAACUUUUACCAACACUGACCAACACUGAGACCUUUGGGAGAGGUCUUACACAGAGAUAAGAGACUGCCACAGAAGAGGAGUGUGUGUGUGUGUGUUUUUGUGUGUGCCUGUGUGCGUGUGCGCCCAUGUGUGUGUGUGAGAGAGAGGAAGUGUGUGUGUGUGUGUGUGUGU